UAUUGCCCGUACUGACUGGUAGCAGAUGCUGGGGACUGAACUUAGGACUUUCUGCAUGCAAAGCAUGUGCUCAGCCAUUGAGAUACACUUUAUACUGCUCUUCAGCCGACAAGGGAAAGUAAGACUUCAGAAAUGGUUUAUUACACUGCCUGAAAAAGAGAAGAAAAAGAUCACCCGAGAAAUUGUGCAGAUUAUUCUGGCUCGCAACCAAAAAACGAGUAGUUUUGUUGACUGGAAAGACCUCAAGCUUGUUUACAAAAGGUAUGCUAGUUUAUAUUUCUGCUGUGCAAUAGAAGACCAAGAUAAUGAACUCUUGACCCUAGAGAUUGUCCAUCGUUAUGUAGAGCUGUUGGACAGAUAUUUUGGAAAUGUGUGUGAACUGGAUAUUAUUUUCAAUUUUGAAAAGGCAUACUUUAUUCUUGAUGAGUUUCUGAUGGGAGGGGAAAUUCAAGAAACUUCAAAAAAAGCUGCAGUGAAAGCCAUAGAAGAUGCUGAUAUGUUACAAGAGACAAUGGAAGAAUACAUGAGCAAGCCUGCCUUCUAACUAGAACCUCCAUAAACAGAAAAAGAUGCUGCAUACCAAUGGUAUAAGUAAAAAUCUGACUGGUCCUAGGGCCCAGAUUUUAUUUAAGUAGUGAACCCCUUCCACCUCCAAACAAAACCAGUCUCUUGAAGGGAUAUGUCUAUGCAACAGUCAAGAUGAAAGCCAGCCACAAUAGUAAAUACAUAACAACAUACAUGUAUUACACUUUAUAUGAGUUUUUAAUGGUUAACUUUUUUGGCUGUCUAGAAUGAAUGUUUGUUUUUAAGGCAACUCUUAACUACCAAUGUUUUCAUUCUAAGGAACUGGUACUAGAAAACUUGAAGGAUAUAUUUAUAUGACUUUGGGUCAGUUUUUGACCAAUUCAGUAUACUUUUGUAAACAAAAAACGAUGACCACCAAAAACAUUUAUUUUGAAUGUGAUCAUUUUUCUGGAUUAAUAAUAACAAUUUUGCAAAAACUUCUAA